AUGUUACUUCCCCAGGAAAGGUAUAAUGGUGGGUCGUCUCUUUCCUUCCAUCUUCCUUUUGGCUGCAAAUUAAGAAUGAGAAAGACUGUCUUUGCUGGUGUUUUUAUCUUCUCCUGCCUCUUAGGCGUAUUACUAUAGAAGCUUCUUCUGCUAAACCUACUCUUGAAUGUUGGAAGUGUGAUUUGUAGGUCAUGCAACCUCUCAAUUCCCUUCCAUGGAUGUAUUUUAGACUUUGGAACCUGCAGAGCAAAGCCUGGUCAGUAUUGUAUAAAAGAGAUUCAUAGUAAAGGUGGCAUUCAGUGGUACUCAGUUAAAGGCUGCACAGAAAGCAUCAAAGAGUGCUUCCAGAGAAGAAUAACAGCCUAUGAAACUUACUCUACUCACUGCUGUUAUCGUCCUUUGUCCAGGACAGAGAAUUCUCCACUUCACGUUAACGGGAGAACAGGAGGGCCCCCGGGGCCGCCAGUGGCGGCGCCCACACGGCUGGGAAGCGCGGACCAGGUGAGCUUCGCCGCUGGGACGCGGUUCCGCCCACAGGACAAGCCUGCGCCAGAGCAAGCAUAG